AUGCACCUUGUUAUCCAUUUCAAAGCACGAGCUGAUAAAUAUGCUAUUCCAUGGAAUUUUAGAGUGCUCGCAGGUGGGGAUAAGCAUCGGAAACAACCAGUUGCCAGCCUGUUGAAUGUAUAUACUGUCAUGCGCACGAGUAGGCCGAUCGAACUCAUCGUCGACGACGACGACGGUCUGCGCCAAAUGAGGUCAGCAUCUUCACGCAGAACCAAACCAGCCCUACACCUGACUGAAGAUGAGGCGACUUUUAUUCGACGGAAUAAGGAGUAUGAAGUCAUCCGGAGUGAGAUCCCAGAGGCUGUCAUAUCAUACGCCCCGAUGGUGGCUGCAAACAGCGAGGCUAUUCGGAAACAGACGCUAGUCAAGGACCUAUCGGACGCACUCGGCCAACGAUGGAAAGCGAAGAAGAAGCAUUAA